AUGGCUAUGGCAUCAGGCACCCAGAUCAAACGACCUGCCUCAUCGCAAGGCCCGCAUGAAAUAAAGCGUCUGAAACGUCACUACCAUCAUCAUCACAACCUUCACGAACCCGUCGCAUUAACGCCCGCGACCGAGCCCGCCGUGCAAGAUGACACCCAUAUCGACCAUCUCAUGAGCCGCGCCGUUGGCCGGACCUUGAAGGAGAAUGGCUUCGAUGUGGCUGAUCCGGCUGCUCUCUCCAGUCUAUGCGGUGCCACCGAAGAAUACAUGCUACGGCUCUCGACAUUCAUUCGCCAGUCAAUGCUAUCGUCCCGACGUAUCCAGCCCAUACCAACCGAUUUUGAGCAUGCUAUGAAACGUGUUCAUCUCAAACCCGAUGAUCUCCUCCCUCACCUCAAACCUGCGCUCUCAGAAGCUCCUGCGCCUCAAUUACUCCCGACUCCCCCGCCCGACAACGAAAUAACGAAAACCCUACCCUUCCUUACAGCUUUGAGCAGCGAAGAUGACCGUGCAACUCGCGCCUACAUCCCGCAACACUUCCCCAGCUUUCCAAGCAAGCACACAUACUCCGCCACUGCGGUCUUCAUCGAGCGAGAUGGCGAUCCACGGAAAAUUCGGGAGCGGGCAGCUGAAGAUGGACGGCAUGGCGAAGAGGCAUUGCGCAAGCUUGCGAGUGCUGCGUUUCGCGACAAUCAAACGGGCUCGACUGGUCGUGAUAAGAAGCUUUGGGGUCGGAGAACGGAUAGCAUGGAAAGCAUGUUCGAAAAGACGACCAAGGCUUUGGCAAAGAAGCUCGGCAAAGACGCUCACAGUUCAUCGUCUGGCCCUUUUGGUCUUGCAAUGGAUAUUGAUUCGGGUCCUGUGGAUGCUGAGACUAAGGCCCAGCUCAAGCUCUCCUGGAACAUGGAGUUGGGGCCUAUUGUCAACUGCGAACGAGAUCUUUGGCGCCGCACCACUUCGAAUACCCGGCGGACAGAGGAGAAUACCCCCAAGCCUGCUUCCAGCGCUGAACCAGCGGAGGCAACUGGCAUGUAA